UUGCCCUUCCUAACUCCUCCUACCUCCAGGGAAUCGAGAGGAUCCUCCAGUGCAUGAAGAAGAACAUAGAGGUCAUUGGGUAAACAUGUGCACCACUUUCUCAAAAUUGUCUUUUUGCUACCAUACAAAAGGAGAGGAGGAGGAGGAGGAGGAGGAAGCAGUAUAUCACGAGGACAUUGUGGAGCAGACAAAAGUUAUCACAGAGAACUCUCGUGAUGAUAAUUAUCAGGAAUGUCCUGUUGGGGCAGACCUAAGCUUUCUCGAUUCCCACUCUGAAAAGAUGGGAAUGGAUGUAGAGAUGCAAGCUAAUCUUAUCGGGAACCUUGCAUGGAGACUUGAUCUCCAAUCCUUGCUUGAGGAUGAGGAAUUUUGGGUGAUAAGAGAAGUUGUGGAGGAGGAAGAAAGAAAUGAAGAGCAAGUUCUUGAUCUUUCACAAGGGGAGAAACCAAAUUCUGAAGAAGGAAGGAUGGUUGAAGAAGCAACUGAGUUCCAAUAAAUAGAUGAGGCCGAGGUGGUUAAGGCUUCUAUAAGCCCAGCGUCAUUCCAAUAAAGAAGAACCCAUUUGCAGUGUCUCUUUGUGAGAAGAAUGCCACACCUAUAUUAAUCCCUCUUGGUGGAUGCGAUGGUGGUGAAUUGAUGUUGUCUUACAUGGUUUAGGGCAAUGAGAGAAGAAGGAGAGGUCCCGAGGGUGGAGACUUUAUCUAACUCGAGUACACAAGCCUAUUAACUUGUUGAACCCCAUGCUCAUGACUUGAGACUCCACCUCCUUGAGGAGAACCUCAAAUUCAAGGUGAAUCUAGGGUGGACCAAAACUUAGGAGCCACUGUCCAGCAAACGACAUGAAAGAAGCGCAUGUUGGCAGGCAACCUAGCCAGUCGGUUUGCACUUUCUUUCCCAUUGCUCUUUGGUUGAGUCAGUAUUCUGAUUUUCGUGUCAAUAACUCAACCUUUGUGAGUUUUUUUGUGUGGUGCUUUUGGUUCCACCGAUUCUCUAACCAUGGGACGCACCUCUUAUCCCAUCCUCCAUCGUUCACCACCUUAUCCGAUAACUUCGUUCUACCCUCCUUAUUUUCAUCUAUUAAGGAAAAUGUUGUGCUUAAGUGUGUGUGCGUGUGGGGGGGGGGGGUCUAUUGUUUUUGGGUGUGAUGAAUGAUUUAGUUUUGGAUCCUAGUCGACUGUCCAAAUCUUAAGAUUUGAGGGAUCCAAGUAAAAAUUUGCAUGAUCA